UUCUUUGCUAAAUCGUGUUGACCUUGUGUCUUACCAUGCCUGAACCGGCAAAAUCCGCUCCGGCUCCCAAGAAGGGCUCCAAGAAGGCCGUCACUAAAGCCCAGAAGAAAGACGGCAAGAAGCUCAAGCGCAGCCGCAAGGAGAGCUACUCCAUCUACGUGUACAAGGUGCUCAAGCAGGUCCACCCCGACACCGGCAUCUCGUCCAAGGCCAUGGGCAUCAUGAAUUCGUUCGUCAACGACAUCUUCGAGCGCAUAGCCGGCGAAGCGUCCCGCCUGGCUCAUUACAACAAGCGCUCCACCAUCACCUCCCGCGAGAUCCAGACUGCCGUGCGCCUGCUGCUGCCCGGCGAGCUGGCCAAGCACGCCGUGUCCGAGGGCACCAAGGCGGUCACCAAGUACACCAGCUCCAAGUGAGUCCCUGCCGGCCGCCAGACACCAAAGGCUCUUUUCAGAGCCACCCACUUAAUCACUAGGAAGAGCUUUGUUCACUUUUCUGUUUAGUUCCUUUUUAUGAAGUAAGUUCUAGUUUAAAAGUCAUGGCAAGUGGCACACGUAACUUCUUAAACGUUUGUGACUCGAGGUUCCCAGCGCAUGACUGGAUUUGCUGUUAAAUCUGCAGCGCGUCUCUACCCCUACCGUGCGUCUCAGCUUUCCUAGGAGUAAGCUCUAAAGUGGGAUGUUGAGAAUGUGCCCCUAUUCACCCCCGCCCCUGCUUCGUUCAGGCUGUGUCCAGGCGACUUUGGUAUUUUAUUUCAUCCAUCUAAAGCCAAGUGGCUGAUUGCGGCCAUAAUUUGAGAGGACACUCCAAGACAGAACUAAGCCCGGGUCCUGCGGACGCUGCGUGACAGGUCUACGGCUGAAGCUUGGCAGCGGCUUGUGUCGGCUCACCAGUCCUGCGCUGCGAUGUGGGUACCCGCCGUUCUGUGCGCUUUGCGCGGAGCUGGCGCUGCCGGGUCCCAGCCUUUUCCUGAUUGGGCGAUAGGAUAUUCAAAAUCUCGCGCCGCCGCGGAAUUCGUAGACUUCGAUUUCCGCCUCUCACUUUGGGGCUUUGAAAUCUUUACUAUUUCUCGGGUUGUGUAUUGUAUUUGCAUUUAAUACUCUCUGCUUGGAAUGCUUCGGCCCCAGGUUACUGCAAGGCACUGGUCAUUUUAGAUCUAUGCUCAAAAGUCACUUCUCAGAGACCUUCCCAAGUCAUUCACUCAGGAAUUCGCGGCUCUCGGUCCUACUUGUCUGUUUUAUCUUCCUCCUAGCAGCUGUAUGAAAUUGGUUCGUUUGCUUUCUUGUUUAUGGUCUUUCUCCUUAAGCCCGUGACAGAGACUUUGCUGGUCUGGUUUUCCUCUAUGUGUUCAGCCUCAAUCUGCCUGGCGUACAGUGGACACUUAAAUACUAUUUACUGGGCCGGCCCGUGGCUCACUCGGUAGAGUGCGGUGCUAAUAACACCAAGGCCGCAGGUUCGGAUCCC